UACGAGGAGAUGAUGGUGCUGACAGGAGAAGACAUGUCAUUGCUUUGUGUGUACGACUUGGGAGGAGAGUUAUCUCCACAAAACAUGUAUUCCAAGGACCACGAUCCUGAUGUUACAAAGUCCUCCACCAACUGGAACAAACUGGAUCUUCCCAUUCAAUCAGCUCUAGAAAAACAUCCUCCUUACAUCUAUGAUAAUGGGGUGUCCAGCACACUCAACAUCUCUGGCAACUACAGCGAUGAUGUUGAAGGCUUCUACAGCUGUUGGCUGCACUACCCUUUCCCAUCACAGCCCGGGUACAAUACGAUAUCCUACGGCGUGGUCACCGCUGGAACCAUAAAAGAAGGAGUUUACUGGCUCCAAGACCUCAUCCUCUUCAGCCUCGUGCUGGCUCUGGUCCUGGUGUGUCUCACAGUAUUGUGGCUCAUCGCGGAGUUAGUCUUUGACUUGAAGUACAAGUCUGGGUUUUACCGAUGUCGAAAGCUAAAAGGUGAUGAAGCAAGGAAUGUACUUCACAAUAUUCUUUUCAGUAACCAGGGACUACUAAUUUUAGGGGAUGAAAUAGCUGCACACAGAGCAAUGUUCAGGUUUGAUAAAACUUUGCAAGUAGAGGAGAGAGUUUCGAGAUCUGACAUUGAAGCUGAGGAAAGGACCAGUGCGGAGGAAGCUGAAACAUCAGGUGCAGAAGCAACAUCUGAUGCAACGACAGAAGAAACAAAGACUGAAGAGACAAAGACUGAUGAAACAGAAACCAUAGAGGAGAAAACUAGUGAGGAGUCGUCUAUUGAUGUGUUUGAGGAUGCAUCUGACCAUCCUAAUGAUGUUAAAAGCAGUAUCACAAGAGAAAAAAUAAAAAGAGAGGAUAAACAUCGUAGGCACAGUGAUCCUAUUAAAAAAUCCCCUGGCUCUCCUCAGAAAAAAAGAAAUAGGAUUGUAAGUGCACCUGUGGAGGAAACUGUUGUAAAUGUCAUGACAGAUGAUGAUCAGUUAUCUCCCUUCACAGAACGCAGUAAGUAUCCUCGACGAGGUAAGACGAAAGAGAAGGAUGUGCGGAAAGGGAAGUUGCUUGACAAUCAAACAAUAUCUCUAGAGGAGUUGCAAGAGUCAGAAGAUGGCUCAUCAGAUGAGUCACCAAUGGUUCAAGUUAGGACUGCAGAUAACUUUAUCAGAGUCCCAAGAGAUUGGAGGAAGAGAGAAGUGAAGACUCAGACCUCUACACCCUACAUUGGUAUCAUCCAAAAUACCUCUGCUUACCGGAACAUUGAAAAUGAGCUCAAGUUUCUUCCUGAGAAGUUUAAGGAUCUUGGAAAAUAUGAAAUUGUCAAUAAAAAUGUCAAAUAUAAGUAACUUGAGGGUAUUUUCUUCUUUGUUUGAAGUAAAGUUUUAUGAUGGAUUAUCUAUAAUGGUAAAAUGACUGUGGACAUUUGAAAUUGUCAUAAAUGUAUCUGUAUGUAUAGUACUCUGCUACGUGUCACUUUUAAUGGUUUAGUAUGCACAAAUGUAGGCAGUAAAACAUUAUGGCUACAAACAUAUCAAAGUCAAACUUGACAAAAAAUACAUCAAAAUUUCGAGUAUAUACUUGUAAUCUAGCACCAAAAUUAGAAGCACAAAGGAAUACCAAAGCACACCUUUGAUGUAUAUAAGGACUUGAUACACAAUUUCUAUGUGAAAGUUGAGAUUGAACAUGAAAAUUCCUAAUGACAUGUCCCACAUGGGAAAGGGUGCGAUGAACAGACCUUUUAUUGGAUAAUUUGGUUGGAUUGGAUUUGUUGUUUCUUUGGUUUUAUAAUUUAUUAGGUUUUUUAGUCGACCCAGGACUCUUCUGACUUUAGGUUUGAGCCGCAGGUAUAUGUAUGUGUUUUGAUGUGUAAUCCUUUUAUAGUAACUUUUGGUUUGAUAUGUUCAUGUCUAUGGUUUAAAAAAAAAUGAUAAAACUAUUUUAAAUUAAGUAAUAAUUAGAACAUAGCUUGCUUUAUAGUAACUGUAAAUGACUGUAAAAUAAAUAAUAGCUAUAUAACACUAUGAAUAAAUAAGGUGAAAAUGUAUUGGUCAAUACAGAAAAAGUGCAUGGAACUUGAGAAUAAUUGUACUGUUUAUUAUCUUUACUAACACAGAUUUUCAAUCUAAAAUACCACCUCUAGAGAGAUGGCCCACCCUCAGCGUGGUG